AUGGUCCGGUUCAAACACCGCUACAUCGGGCUCAGAUGGGAUGCCGAUUAUAGCAUCACUCAGGAAGACAUAGGCGACGCCCUGCGCACCGCAAUACUAAACAGCGGAGACAUUCGGCUUACUGCGCUUCUGCCCUAUAUGGCGUCUGUUUGGAUGCACUUGUCUGCCUUUAAUUUUUCUACCAUUCGAUGUCCUACAUCCCUUACUCGAGACUGUAUUAGAGCUGUUAUUCCACAAAUGGUUGUUCGAGGUGCCAAGAAUCUCAGAAUUGUUCACGUCUCUGGUUCGAUCAGUCAAAUGACACGCGUUAUGGCACCAAUAUUAAGUGCAGAGUUAACAAGAUCAAGAAAAGCACUAAGAACCUGA